AUGUUUUCAGCACGAACGACAAACCCCAGCAGUCACAGAACCACGGCUAGUCAAUCAGAAACUCUAAAUACAAACAAGAUGCUGGAAAAUAUUGAAUCUCCACUUCCUGUUGGCAAUCAACAGUUGCACGUCGGAAGACAACCCAAAGAAGCCACAGAAUAUGAUGGGGCUAGGAGGCGGCCUUGUUGUUUCCGCCAAUUGUAUGAUAGAUUUAUCCCAAGGAAGGCAGCAGGAAAGACUGGCCCCUUUCACAAGCCCAACGACCUUGCUAAGCUUGCUACUGAGCAUAACCUUUCGACACAGGAAGUCCACAAUGCGACCCAAAAAGGAGAGCAAGCAAGAAACCAGAGCCGGGCCUCCUCGCUACAGCUUGAAGAUGUCACUCGCGAGAACAACGAAUUGAACAUCAAGUGCGAGAAGCUACAGCAUGACAUCAGCAUCUGCUUCCACCAGAAAAAAAAAUCCGAGGCGGCUGUUAAGAAUGCUUUCAAAGAUUUAGACAACAGGAACAACCUGCUUCAAACACGCAAUGACGAUCUUCGCAUGCUUGAGCACAGCUACAACACAGUGGUUAUGGACAAGGAACUUCAGGAUCAAAAGUUUCAAGAACUGUUCGAAAACUUCGAAACACAAGAGAGGGAGAAUCUCACCCUAGGUGACGAACUCAGAGAGCUUGAAAGCCAAACCCGUUCGGAGUCUGCUUUUGUAAUCUUAAGACAGAAGCUUGAAACUUCUCAGGAGGAGACCAAACAUUAUAAGCAACAAUCGAGGACGUUUCGAAAAAUCAUUCAAGAGUCGAAUGUUCCAAUGGAAAUAAACGAAUUAGACGUAAGCCAGAAAUUCAAAUGGCUGCGCGAAGAAGUCCAUCGCAUCAUCUGUAGCUUUUAUAGCAUGGAAAAGGCCUAUCCAGUACCUGGAGAUUCGACCUUACAAAAUGCCGAAACCCAUCUUUACAAUCUUUUCAGUCCUAGUUUAGAUCGAUUUGAACGAGAGAUUGGGGUGAGGGCUUUCGUGUUCGGUCAACUGGAUGAGUUUCUAUUGUUUAAAGAACUUUUCGGACUUGAGGAUAUGGACGAGAGUUUGGGUAUUGAGCAGGGGCUGGGCAAUUUUGAGGCUAUAUUCAAGCAAAAUCACCCAGAUCGGCACGCCGAACUCGCCGCAUGGAGGACCGCUACAAUGGAAUGUGCUAAAUUUCUCAAACCAGUCAGCCCGAGUCAUCCACCAGACCUCUGCAAACACGUCGCUGAAGAAUUGAUGCGACUAUUGAACCCUUUGGGCAAAUAUCUUCAAGAGAGAACGGAUCAGCUCAUGGCUCGCUGGCAGGGACUUUGUAUGGUGGCUUUGAAGCUCACCAUGAAGCUGAGAAACUACAAAGAUGUAUACCGAUGCGAGAUGCCUGCACUGGGAGACAUUGUUAAAGAUGGUGAGAUGGAUGUAGAAUAUGAAGUGCAUAAGGAAAAUUGCAAGAAGCAUGCCGAGUUAAACGGCUGGCCUAUUGCGUAUGUUCUUUCGGGUGCAUUGGUGAGGUAUUCUGCAGAGGAGCCGGAGAUAAAGGUGAGUUUAGUGAAGCCAUGGGGAGUGGUACAUGCUCAUCCAGACAAAUGA